CUUCGAGCCGCGCUCCGCCUCGCGUUGCCGACGCUGCGAGGACUGUAUCCGGCGCCGUCCGCUCUUUUCUCCCCCUCCCCCAGUCGCUGCUGCUCUUUUCAACCUUGGUCUUCGCAGCCUGCUUCCUUCCCCCUCUCCUUUCUCUUGAGGCGGCCGCUGGUCUCUCCCUUCCUCCGCCGCCGCGUCCGCGCCAGUCGCUGCUCGCCAUGACCUUGUUGACUGCAAGCAGUAGGGCGGCCGCGCGCCUCUUGGGAGCCAAGAACUCAUCAUGCAUCAUUUUUGCUGCAAGACAUGCCAGCGCUUCCACGAAUUUGAAAGACGUUCUUGCAAACAUGAUCCCCAAAGAGCAAGCAAGACUGAAAAGCUUCAGACAACAAUAUGGGAGCACAGUUAUUGGUCAAAUCACUGUGGAUAUGCUCUAUGGUGGCAUGAGAGGCAUGAAAGGGCUAAUAUACGAGACCUCAGUUUUGGACCCUGAUGAGGGCAUCCGUUUCCGUGGCUACAGCAUUCCCGAGUGCCAGAAGCUGUUGCCCAAAGCCCCAGGAGGCGCAGAACCUCUUCCUGAAGGACUGUUCUGGUUGCUGGUGACAGGAGAAAUCCCCUCACAAGAACAGGUGAGCUGGCUGUCUCGAGAGUGGGCCAAGAGGGCAGCCCUGCCUUCCCAUGUGGUGACCAUGCUGGACAAUUUCCCCACCAAUCUUCACCCCAUGUCACAACUCAGUGCCGCUGUCACCGCCCUCAACAGUGAGAGUACUUUUGCCCGCGCCUACUCCGAGGGAAUCAGUCGGACCAAGUACUGGGAGUUCAUCUAUGAAGACUCCAUGGACUUGAUUGCCAAGCUGCCAUGUAUUGCUGCAAAGAUCUACCGUAACCUGUACCGUGAGGGCAGUAGCAUUGGCGCCAUUGACCCUGCCUUAGACUGGUCACACAACUUCACCAACAUGCUGGGUUACAAUGAUCCCCAGUUCAUUGAACUUAUGCGACUCUACCUCACCAUUCACAGUGACCAUGAGGGUGGGAACGUCAGUGCACACACUAGCCAUUUGGUGGGCAGUGCCCUCUCCGAUCCUUACUUGUCUUUUGCUGCAGCCAUGAAUGGUUUGGCUGGGCCACUCCAUGGUCUUGCAAAUCAGGAAGUGCUGGUGUGGUUGACCAGCCUGCAGAAGGAGCUGGGGGAAGAUGUGUCUGAUGAAAAGCUGAGGGAUUUCAUUUGGAACACCUUGAACUCUGGCAGGGUGGUUCCUGGCUAUGGCCAUGCAGUGUUGAGGAAGACGGAUCCCCGCUACACUUGCCAGAGAGAAUUUGCCCUCAAGCACCUUCCCAAAGAUCCUCUCUUCAAGCUGGUGGCCCAGCUGUACAAGAUUGUCCCUAAUGUGCUGCUGGAGCAAGGCAAAGCCAAGAACCCUUGGCCCAAUGUGGAUGCACAUAGUGGGGUCCUGUUACAGUACUACGGCAUGAAGGAGAUGAACUACUACACUGUGCUAUUUGGUGUGUCUCGGGCCCUAGGUGUUCUCUCGCAACUCAUCUGGAGUCGAUCCCUUGGCUUCCCACUGGAGAGACCGAAGUCCAUGAGCACAGAUGGGCUGAUGGAGCUUGUGGGUGCCAAGUCGGGUUAGAGCAAGGGAAACAGGGAAAGGGUUAGCUAUUGAGGGAAUGAUAGAGACAAGACAACUUGUUUUGUGUUUGUUCAAAGGGCCUUGCAAAGAUCCUUCCAUAGAGGCACUGACCAUCGCAUUUUUUCAGGUUAUUUAUGGGAUAAAUUCAAAUGUGUCUAGGGUACUUAUUCCCCAUCCCACCCGUUACCUUAAAUACCACCUAAAGUUAGAUUCCCGAGCACAGGGGACCCUCUGUUUGGCAACUCUUCCCAAACAGAGCUGAUGCCCCAGGUUAGAGGGAGAUGGUUGCUUACUAGCCCAGCUUCUUCAUAGCUGCCUGGAGCAGAGGAAAUUGCCCCCUUUUUUACAAUCAUGUCAUAUCACACUUUUUUUGGUUUUGCCUUUCACCCCCAUGCAGAUAAGUUGUGCUUCUGCAUUAGAACAAUGCCCUCCUCUUCAGCCAUACUGCUGUAGGGGAAAGGGGCUCUCCUUCCUUGCAGAUGCCCAGUCCCCUUUUCCUUUUGUUUCUUAUGUUACAGUGAAAAUGGGAUUUGUGUCCUCUAGAGCAAAUAGGGCUGCAGCUCAAGUCAUCCACUGUAUACCAAACAGGGAUAGCGCACCUCUAGACCUCCCAGUCAGUGCUCCCCAUGCGUUCUGCUCCCUCAUCCCAAACUUGCCACACUUUUUUUGAUGCACUCAGAAGUCCAGAACCCCGUUCCCUGAUGUGUUGGGGCUUUGUUCCCACAGGCAGAGCGGUUGCAGACUGUUUUUGCUAUGAACAAGUACAUCUUUGCCCCGUUUCUGUUUGCCCUGAGAGAGCGAGAGGCAUUUGCUUUCUCCUCCCCUUCCUUGAAAAAAAAAGUAUUUAAACUUCAUGGUCAGUGCUCUGGUAUUUAAAAGGUGAUGUAGAUCCAGUUUUAAAAAAUUAAGGAAGGUAUUAGUGUCAUUUCCAAAUUGGCAGUUGUGGUAACACAGCCAUCUGGCCACUAAAAUUGACUAUCUACAUUUUUGAGAGCAAUGAUAGUGAAGGAUGAAAUCUGUCUCCUGGCCUCCUUUCCUCUCUAGAAAGGACUUAAUACACUCCUACCAAUUUUUUUUCUCUGUGUGUUUGUGUGAAACCUUCUGUCCUAUUACUACACAAAAAAAGGAAAACCCCAAUAUAAGUUGAAGGCACAGUGUAAGUGGCUGUGUAAGCAUCAGCGUUCCGUUGCAAACUUCAGGUGGUUCUGUACAAACUGCAAAAUAAAUGUUUUUAUUAACAAGUUA